CCGUAUUCCAUAUUAUGGUCAAACAACAUGGCGCUGCCCUGAAGUCUCCUUGCUGAAGUGAAAACAAUGGGAGUUGUAUGUGUGUACCUGUACCCGGUACCGGAGGGGAAGAGUGGUCAGCAGGUAGUGGACACACUCCAGCGACAGACAGAGCAACUCGGAGCAGUGAAGGCAGGCAAUUUCUGUGUGGACUGUGAAACAUUCCAAUCUACUUUCCAACAAGGAGCCCAACAGAAACAGUUGAGCAUCCUUCACAACAGUGAGUAUCCAGCCACAUGUUUCGCCAUCUUGGAUUCGGGGACGAGCCUGGUGGCUGAUGAUCUGUUCGAUGGCCUGGUGCAGAAGCUCAAAAACUACUACCAGCAGAGGAAAGGUUUCAAGAUUGAAUCAAAGGGACAGAGAUACGAGUUGGGGGACUUUGUUAUAAAGAUUGGCUCUGUGACGCUGACAUCAAAUUUCAAAGGAAUUUUAGUGGAGGUUGAGUACUGUCCGUGUGUUGUCCCGAGCGACUGCUGGAACCUGAUGAAGGAACUGUUACAGAGCAUCUUGGGGAGCAGCAUCACAGACAACCCACCAUCUUACCUCAAAACCAAGAUGGACAUUUUGUACUCUACAACUGACACUAUGAGCCAGUAUCUAGAACACUUCAACAACAUCCGGAGAUCGGCAUCAACAACGGGGUCCGCAACUCCGCCAACUAUGAUGGCACGGUAGCAGAUGCUAUACAUUUCUAAGGAUUCCUGUGCAGUACAUUUCCUCAGUGCUCCGUUCUUGUUUUGGAAGGGCGACCAACAUGGUGAUUGGGUGGUCAAAUACACCUGGUACAAUUUCAUCGGGCAACCUGGAAGACAUCAUUUCACCCUCAUGUGUAGGUUAACAAUUCCGGUUACCCUUUUAGUUUUUCUGACCCAUGUUAGACUUACUUACUGUAGCCAAGAGUUGCAGAAUGUGGUGAAAAACACAUUCACUUACUUGCUGUAGGAUGUUUUAUGUUGACAGCCUGAUGUUCAUUUCCCAUAGAGGUGAGGUGAAAUUGGGUUUAACGUCACGUCCAAGAUUAUUGCACUUAUAUAGCGAUGUGCAUGCACGUGUAAGUAACAUGGUGAGCACUGUGCCAAUUGUCUGGGUUAUCUGGAUGACAUUUUAGGAUAACUAUCUACAAGUGAAACAGGUAAGAAAGUGUGGUAUUUGAGGAAAUUCUUAUUGUGAACCAAGAAAGGGUCAUCAUGGUGAAUAAAUGUUUUUUUUAUAUA